AGUUAAGGUUGUUAAGCUUUUAGUUUGCACCUAGGAGGUACUUAGGUACUCCGGUACCACCCUUCAAUAAUUCUUACCCAUUCAGACGACGUCCUUACCAGGUAUCUAACCUUUAACCUCUCUCUCUCUAAUCAACUUCUCUACACCAAUUCGAACCCACAACGCCCAUAAUUUAGAGUCAUUCUCUCCCAUACUAUAAUCCAAGUCGGUCUCAGUUAUUAUCUUCCCGAACACAUACGCACACCAAUCAACAUGGCUUCGCAGAAGCCGUCUGUGAAGGAGGCGCAAGCGCUUGCCAGCUCCGACCCGCGAAAAGCUGAAGCUAUUUAUAAAGAAAUCAUAUCCAAACCUCCUUCUGUUACUUCCGACUCCGCGAUAAGGGAAUAUGAGUCUGCUUUGAUAAGUUUAGGAGAGUUGUAUCGGGAUGAAAAGAAACCCCAAGAGCUCGUCGAUCUUGUCACCACAAGCAGAACCGUCCUCUCGAGCUUCGCAAAGGCCAAGACCGCCAAAUUGGUCCGUCAGCUGCUCGACCUCUUCGAAGCUAUCCCAAACACAACCGAUAUCCAGAUCGCCGUCACCAAGUCAUGUAUAGAAUGGGCUACCUCCGAGAGGCGGGGCUUCUUACGCCAGAACCUCGAGACCAGACUCGUUACCUUGUAUAUGGCUAAGCAGUCUUACUACGAUGCUCUUACCCUUAUCAACGGUCUCCUGCGGGAGUUGAAGCGUCUCGACGACAAGCUAAUGCUGGUUGAGGUUCAGUUAUUGGAAUCUAGAGUAUACCACGCCCUUGGAAACAACUCUAAGGCCCGUGCCGCCCUCACCAGCGCGAGGACAAGUGCCGCCUCGGUCUACACUCCUCCCUUACUCCAAGCCAACCUGGACAUGCAGUCGGGCAUGUUGCACACCAUGGACCAGGACUUCAACACGGCCUUCUCCUACUUCAUCGAGGCCCUCGACGGCUACCACACGCAGGAUGAGACGGCCAAGGCCACCGCCGCGCUGCAAUACAUGCUGCUCUGCAAGAUCAUGCUCAACUUGGUCGACGACGUCAACAACCUGAUGGCGUCUAAGCAGGCGCAGAAGUACGCGGGUCAGAACCUCGAGGCCAUGAAGGCCAUCGCUCGGGCGCAUUCGAACCGAUCUCUGGAGGAGUACGAGCGUGCGCUAUCGACGUACCGCUACGAGCUCGGUAGCGACGCUUUCAUCCGCAACCACCUGCGCCGUCUGUACGACGCCAUGCUGGAGCAGAACUUGAUCAAGGUGAUCGAGCCCUUCAGCCGCGUCGAAAUCGCGCACAUCGCCAAGAUGGUCGGCCUCGACACCCAGCAGGUCGAGCGCAAGCUCUCCCAGAUGAUCCUCGACAAGGUGAUCAUCGGCGUCCUCGACCAGGGCGCCGGCUGCCUCAUCAUCUUCGACGAGACCCAGCGCGACGAGUCGUACGACGCCGCCCUCCAGACCAUCGAGAAGCUGAGCAACGUCGUGGACGUCCUGUACACGAACCAGGCCUCGAUGCUGGAGUAGGAUGGGAGAAUAUCGGAGAUGGGCUUAUCUACCUAAGCUUAUUUUCUUUAAGUAGCUUAAGGAAAGUAAGUUUCGCGCUGAGAUGACGAGGAAAGAAGGGAGAGUAGGGGACGAAUGAAAUGAAGUAAAUGAAAUAAAAUAAGUAAACUCGGCCGGUGUAAUAUUACUACCUAGGUAGAGAGACAAAGAGAGAGGGGAGAGAGAGAAAGUAGCAGGCCAAGCAAGGUCCUCGGCGUCGAGUCGAUGAUGAAGACGGCGCCGAGGCUGCGAUGGCACUCGUACAUAUAUCAAUGAACAUGGACUUGUGUCAGUUGAA